CGCGCAUCGCUGAUGCUGCUGAAGUUAGAGGAAACUCAGGCCACAUCACGCUGGUGGUGGACAGUUUGAAAAGCCCCCAACAAGAUGUCCUACAGAUCAACUCCGCAGUCUUCCUAUAGAAAGAUGUUCGGCGGGGACCGAGCCGUGGUGGCGCGGAGCAGCUACUCCAGCAGAAACUACUCCAGCGCGCCGCUGCGCUCCUCCCGGGUCUCCUUCGCGCCGACUCUUUACGCAUCGAAGACGCAGAGACUCCGGAGCAGCAGCAGCGCAGCCGUGCCCCGGCUGGCCUCCGAGAACCUGGACUUCUCCCUGUCUGACGCCAUCAACAGCGAGUUCAUCACGAACCGCACCAACGAGAAGGCGCAGAUGCAGUCGCUCAACGACCGCUUCGCCAGCUACAUCGAGAAGGUGCGCUUCUUGGAGCAGCAGAACAAGAUCCUGCUGGCGGAGCUGGAGCAGCUGCGGGGCAAAGGCACGUCCCGGGUCGGGGAUCUGUACGAGGACGAGAUGCGGGAGCUGCGGCGCCAGGUGGACCAGCUCAGCAACGAGAAGGCCCGCGUGGAGGUUCACCGGGACAACCUGGCAGACGACAUCCACAGACUGCGAGAGAAGUUGCAGGAUGAAAUCUCCCAGCGAGAGGAGGCAGAGGCAAACAUGCAAAGCUUCAGACAGGAUGUGGACAAUGCUGCACUGGCAAGACUGGAUCUGGAGCGAAAGAUUGAGUCGCUCCGGGAGGAAAUUAACUUCCUCAAGAAGCUGCAUGAUGAGGAGAUGCUGGAGCUGCAGAGCCAAGCCCAACAGCAGCAGCAGCAUGUGCAGGUCGACAUGGAGAUGGCUAAACCUGACCUGACUGCGGCUUUGAGGGACGUACGCCUGCAGUAUGAGAACCUGGCCUCCAAAAACAUCCAGGAGUCGGAGGACUGGUACAAAUCUAAGUUUGCUGACCUCACCGAAGCUGCAGCCCGGAAUAAUGAAGCUUUGAGACUAGCCAAGCAGGAGUCCAAUGACUACAGGCGCCAAGUCCAGACUCUUACUUGUGAGGUGGAUGCUCUCAAAGGAACUAACGAGUCAUUGGAGCGUCAGAUGAGGGAGGUGGAAGAUAACUUCUCCCUGGAGACCAGUGGCUACCAGGACACCAUCAUCCGCCUGGAGGAGGACAUCCAUAACAUGAAGGAUGAGAUGGCCCGUCACCUGCGAGAGUACCAGGACCUUCUAAAUGUCAAGAUGGCUUUGGACAUCGAGAUUGCCACCUACAGGAAGCUGCUGGAAGGAGAGGAGAGCCGAAUCUCCACCCCAGUGCCUAACUUCUCCUCUCUAAACCUGAGAGAGGCAAUAGUUGAUUCUAAACCUCAAGUUGAAACCAUGACAACAAAGAAAGUUGUCAUCAAGACCAUUGAGACGAGGGAUGGUCAGGUGAUCAACGAGUCAACCCAGAACCACGAUGAGAUGGAGUAACAACGGUUUUGAUUUUGCCAAACAGACACAAGCAAUAAUAAGAAACAUAUUUCACCAGGGGGGACGAGGGAGAAAAUGACCCGGCAACACACAAAAAGCAAACUGCUUCAAAAAGUGCCUUUAUAUGCGAUGAUCUAAGCAUGUUAGUUGAUAGCCUGUUUUGCUUUUAUUUUUCACAAGAAGUAUUUUGUCACUCUUGUAGACCCAGUUUGAAAACAGCACACUAUAGCAACCCCGUGAGGAACACAAAAACUUUUCUUUGUAACCAAAGUAGUAUGUUUGAUUGAUAAAGCAUGCACAGCAGAAAUUUGUAUGCCAAAUCUGUCAUGGCUGCCUGUAUGCAGCAAUAAACCAUAAACCAAGACUAACUCAAA